CUCUCACUAGCCCGCCGAUUUGGAAAAAGGCGGUAGCGGUGACCUGGCGUGUCGGGUUUUCUUCUUUUUUGAGUACGCUGCUCUUUGUGUGGAAGAAGUGCAGCCCUCACAGCGGUCUGCUCGCGGAGGGGCUAGAGAAGCUGCUUAGUCCUCCUGCUCCUCUUGCGAACUCGUAUUCCCUGCCUGCAGCGCACCGUUUUCGGGGCCCCGCCUGACGUGAGGUGAUUUCCUUUCCCCGCUUGUAACGCUAGCCAAGGGAGGAGGAGGCCGUUCGCGCGCAAGCCUGCGCUCGCGACGUGCCUUAUGUCCCCUGGCCGGUGCCGGCAUCUGCCGAAAGACGGAAGGGAGGUGCUGGUCACCGCGGAGUGAGAAGGAUGGACGAAACUGCUGCAGAUUUGAAACAAGAGCCGCCAAACAUGUGCAAUAACGUUCAAAUACAUGUGGAAGUUCAUCAGAAUUCAGUCAGCACGGCAAAGAAAGAAGAUAUCAGGAUGAGUGUCCUAAAACUGUUGAACAGACAUAACAUCGUGUUCGGUGAUUACAAGUGGACAGAGUUUGAUGAUGGUUUCCUUAACAGCAAUGUGCAGUCUGUGUCAAUUGUGGAUACAGAGCUGCAACUAAAAGAAAGACAGCCUAUUGACUUGAGCAAAAGCAGUCUUUCCAUUCACAUUUUUCAUCUGAAUGAAGAAGGGCCAAGCUCUGAAAACCUGGAAGAAGAUAAUGAGGAUAUCGUUGCAGCUAACCACUGGGUGCUACCUGCAGCUGAAUUCCAUGGCCUUUGGGAAAGUCUUAUAUAUGACACUGAAGUAAAAUCACACUUACUUGAUUAUGUGACAACAACAUUACUGUUUUCUGACAGAAAUGUUGACAGCAACCUGAUAUCAUGGAACAGAGUUGUUCUGCUGCAUGGCCCUCCUGGAACUGGUAAAACCUCUCUCUGUAAAGCAUUGGCUCAGAAGCUGACAAUACGAUUGUCGUACAGGUAUAAGUAUGGACAGUUAAUUGAGAUAAACAGCCAUAGCCUUUUCUCUAAAUGGUUUUCUGAGAGUGGCAAGCUCGUAACCAAGAUGUUCCAGAAGAUUCAAGAGUUAAUUGAUGACAAAGAUGCUCUUGUAUUUGUACUGAUCGAUGAGGUGGAAAGCCUCACAGCAGCUCGCAGUGCCUUCAAGGCAGGCACAGAGCCUUCAGAUGCUAUUCGUGUGGUGAAUGCUGUACUGACACAAAUAGAUCAGAUUAAAAGGUAUCCCAAUGUAGUUAUCCUGACUACUUCAAAUAUUACGGAGAAAAUUGACAUGGCCUUUGUAGACAGGGCUGACAUAAAGCAAUAUAUUGGCCCUCCAUCCACUGCAGCAAUAUUCAGAAUAUAUCUUUCUUGCUUGGAAGAGCUGAUGAAGUGUCAAAUAAUAUACCCUAGACAGCAGCUCUUGACGCUCAGAGAGUUAGAGAUGAUUGGCUUCGUAGAAAAUAAUGUGUCGAGGUUAAGCCUUGUACUAAAAGAAAUCUCAAGAAGAAGUGAAGGUCUUAGUGGCCGGGUCCUGAGAAAGCUUCCUUUCCUAGCACAUGCACUUUAUAUUCAAUCUCCCAGUGUUACAAUGAAAACAUUUCUUCAGGCUCUUUCGCUUGUAGUAGACAAGCAAUUCGAAGAAAGAAGGAAACUUGCAGACUCUGUGUGAUAGUUUAGUGUUUUAUACUUUUCUGCAUUAUUACCUAUGAAAAGUAUAUACUUCUUGCAAAGAAACUGUGCAGUUGUUACGCAUAUGUAAAACAGAUUGUCAACACCUUAAAAAACCUGGAAUGCCUAAUCUAGUUUUUUCAAAACAUUCAUUAAUAAACAAUUUUUACAGCA